CAUAAAAGGUAAUGUCAUUACCAUGACCAAAUAUGGACAUAUAAUCGUCAUUGUUGACCAAUGAGCUUGCAGAAAUGUACCACGUGGCUCAAAAAUGGAGGAAGGAAGUUUGUCCGGUCGACGUCACAUUGCUGUUCUUUGCUCUCACAAACUUUAUACUGGGUGCGUCCUGCUGUAAUCGAGAACAUUUAUCGGUUGCUUCUGAUCAUACUCUUACAACAAAAUGGCGCAGUCAGGAAUUGAGGUUGAUGGAAGUUUGAAAGAGAUCUUUAAUCAAAUGAAGCUUCAAAAGCAUCCCAUAAAGUUGUUAGUGAUGGGUUUUUCUGAUGAUGAGAAAACUGUAGUUCAACGAGAGGCAGACAGCGUUCAUGGUGAUUGUCCAAUAGAAAAGUUACAUGAAUACUUUUCUCAUGAAGCAAGAAAAACUGACUGUUGUUAUGCAUUGUACGACUAUGAAGGAAAACUUAUUUUGAUCAAGUGGGCCCCAGACAAUGCAAAAGCCAAGAAGAAGAUGAUGACCGCAAGUACAUUUGCUGAGUUGAAAAAAGUAUUUGAUAGUAUCAAAUAUAUAGAAGCAACUGAUAUGGAUGACCUUAGGAAAGAAAGUCUGAUCAAGGGAAAAUGACCAUAUAAUUCUCUCACAGUCUUUAUGACCAUAAUUUUCGUAUUAGUUAUAGUUUUUCAAAGAUCCUUAUUGGACAUGGCUAUAAUCCACUAUGAUAUAGGUGUAUGUCUUGAAAUUGUAGUUCUUUGAAGUUAAUGCGCAUAUUGAAUCUAUGUAUUUUUUGUUUAAACAUUCUGUUAAUAAAAUUGAAUGAUUUUUGUCA